UACAGAACAACUUAUUGGAGGAAGAAAGAAGUACGAGAACGAGAGGGGAAGAUUCAGGUAGACCGAACGGAAAUUCGAAUAGAAAAAUGUGAGAGCGGCACAUUGGAGAGGGGAGGGGGAGGGGGAGAGAGAGAGGGUGCAAACGUAUCCAGGUACGAGCGAGCAAGUUGGUUUAACCAGUAAGAGAAGGGAGACACGUUGGCGUUGAAUCGGUGGUGCAUGUGCACCGACGACAACGUAGAGGUGACGGGUCGUUGGGCCAGGUCUCGAGCAGUGAGGGGUAGUAAUUCUGGAGGGGAGGGUGUGUGUCACGGUGGGGCCCCGGCAUCUGCUCUCCGUACAACGACGCGACGCGGGAAGGAAGGAGAGAGAGAGAGAGAGCGAGACGCGGUGUCCCUGUUACUUUCCAAGUGGGACAGGGACGGUGGUGGACGAAAAAGGGGAAAUGGGGAGGGAAAAAAGAAGGAAAAGGGUGGGAGCGAGAGGGGAGAGGCAGGAGAGGAGCGCAGCAGGAUAAUCGCGUCGCACUCACGUCGCAUCCUGCACCUCCUGUUGUUGCACAGGAGAGGGAGUGGGGGUAUACGCGAGUCGGCGGAACAGAUGCCCUAGCUCUGAUUGGCCGUUGGCCCGCGACCGGCCGUCCCCUAUUGGCGGGUAGCGCGGGGCCCGCAGGCCUGCAUUGGCCAGGCAGCACGUGCGGGCCACCUGCACCUGGUUGGUGGGGCGAUGUGUUAUAAAAGGCCCAGACGCACCCCCCUGCCAGUCAGAGACCGGCUUGCAGCCGAACUGUUUUUAGAAUCUCGAGUUCUCACGUUCCUUCAAACAUUGUACACUCGAGUUCACCCGCUAACCGUUUAUCUCUUUCCUUUUUUCUUUUUUUCCUUUUUUUUUUUUCUUCCUUCCCCUCUUCCUUCACCUUUACUAUCCUCUUCCUUUUCUUUUAUAUUCCGCUCGUGACAUCGAAUCACGUUUAACCUCCGGUGCCGGUCGAACAGACAGUUCAGUUCACUCCCGACGAGCGAACGGUGAACAUCAAUUUCCCGCUUCGAAGAAGGAACCAUCGUUCCGUGUGUUUGCUACGAGAAAGUGGAUAAUUGUCGAGGAACGAGAAAGAAGAAAGGAGGACUGUUUUUUCACACUGUUCUAUUUGGGACUAAAUGUGACAGUGAAGUGAUCAAAUCCCAGAGGAUUAUCUUGACAAUUUCGUUUUAUCUCUGAUACAGAGGAAUAUAUACAAUAUAUGCAUAUAUAGAUUUGGUGUGAAUCAGUGCGAAUCGAACAAUCGGGAACAAUUUGGGAUUAAAUAUCGUAGUGUCACGGCUUCGCGGAUAUUCCAUAUACCUGCGAAUCGCCGACGCUAAUUUCUAAAGAGUGUGAAGAUCACGGUGAAAAAAAACUUGUCAAGAUGCUGGUCGAAGAAGUGCCGAGAAGUUUCGUGAAGAAGAACAACAAUUACAGCCACUGUCCGUUGAAAAAACGGCCAGUCCAUAUGCUGGACGAAGAAGUGUCGGAAGUUAAAGAAGAGAUAGAAAUCGAUGUCGUCAUGGACGAUAUACCCGAGCCAGAGAACCUGAGUACAAAGCCGGAAGAUUUGAGCAAAACGGCGGAACGUAAUCAGCAACAGGAGCAGGAGGCGACGGAGCAACGGGUGUCCAACGAGUCUCCUUCGCCGAUCCCGAAAAUCUCAUCCUCGCCCCCGUUGAUGACCAGGCCGACUUCUCCGAACGCGUUACACGGCCACAUCCACCCCGUGCACCAUAUUCAUCAUCAUCACCAUUACCCGACAAAAGUGAUCACGCCACCGGUUGGAAUCGCGCCGAUACACCCGGUGGCCAAGAAGGCGCGAGUGGAAGUAAUCCAACACGAUAAUUCGUCGUCGACGGGCGCCGUGACGGCCACGCCCGCCCCCCUGCACUUCAUGGCGAGCAAAGCGCCCCUCGAACCUCUCAAUUUGAACACACCGAAAAUGGAGAAAUCCGGAGUGUCGAGCAGUUCAACCGCGUCCAUGUCUUCGAAUUCAUCCUCCUCCUCCUCGUCCUCUUCUUCGUCGACGUCCCCGAGAUACCAGUGCCCGGAUUGCGGUAAAUCGUACUCCACCUAUUCCGGGUUGUCGAAACACCAACAAUUUCAUUGCGCUGCGGCUGAAGGGCAGGCGAAGAAAUCGUUCUCGUGCAAAUACUGCGAGAAGGUGUACGUGAGCCUGGGCGCGUUGAAAAUGCACAUCAGAACGCACACGUUGCCUUGCAAGUGCCAUCUCUGCGGGAAAGCGUUCUCCAGGCCCUGGCUCCUCCAAGGGCACAUCAGAACGCACACGGGGGAGAAACCGUUCAGCUGUCAGCAUUGCAACCGCGCGUUCGCCGACAGGAGUAACCUGAGGGCGCACCUUCAGACGCACAGCGACGUGAAGAAAUAUUCGUGCACCUCGUGCAGCAAAACGUUUAGCAGGAUGUCGUUGUUGACUAAACAUCAGGAGGGUGGAUGCCCGGGCGUAACAGUCCCGAUGGGCUACGCUUCUUGAGGACAUUGACGAAGACGAAGGCGUGGUGGUGUGCGGUCGUACCGAACGAGG